CGGCCGAAUGCAAGCCAAAACAACAAUUCGGCUGGUGGUUUCGUCGCAAAGAUCUAAACAUGUUGGCGCUCAACAACGGCCAUUCCAUUCCUCCGAUCGGCUUGGGUACGUACAAAAUCACCGGAAGUGACGGAGUUGCGGCCAUAAAAUCCGCCGUAGAGCUUGGGUACCGAUUGAUCGAUACGGCGUUUGUGUAUACCAAUGAGCAAGUAGUGGGACAAGCACUAAGGGAAAUAUUUUCGCAAGGCAAUGGCAUCACCCGGGAAGAUGUCUUCGUUGUAUCCAAGCUCGGUCCCACGUUCCACCGGCCGGAAGCGGUCGAGAAGGGUUGUAGGCUUUCGUUGGAACGACUUGGAUUAGAUUAUGUGGAUUUGUAUUUGAUGCAUACACCAGUGGCCGCUAGAGAUUCGGACGAUGGGAACGAUCGUUCGGAGAUUGAUGACGAAGUGACCCCGUUGGAGACGUGGAAGGCACUGGAGGAGUGCCAACGGAAGGGGAUGGUCAGAUCCAUUGGAGUUUCCAACUUCAAUGAGGAACAGUUAAUGGAAAUCGUGACUCACGGAAGUAUUAGGCCUGUGGUGAACCAAGUGGAAUGUUCAAUUGGAUUCCAUCAAGCGGAAUUGCGGAAGCUUUGCAAUCGGGAGGAAAUUCUGAUUAUGGCUUACAGUCCUCUGGGAAAACCAAAACCCGGAAAGAAGCAUGUAUUUCUGGAUUCGAGUGAUCUGAAAAAGAUGGCUGAAAAGUAUGGAAGGAGCCCAGCUCAAAUUUCGCUUAGAUUCUUGAUUGAAAUAGGAACCAUUCCAAUACCGAAAUCGUCGAAAACGGACAGAAUGAAGGAGAAUCUUGAUGUUCUUAGCUUUAAACUGGAGGAAACCGAUGUUCAAGCAUUGGAAAGUUUGGUCAAGCAGCAACGGUCAAUGACUUUAGAUUGGCUUAAGUCUUCCAAGCACUAUCCUUUCAAUGAUCAAUAAUGUAGGUAUUAAAAAAUCCCGUUCACCGAAGCUGUUAUGAAUAAAAAUUAAAAAAAAAAAAAAAAAACAAUUCGGAUAUAUUUUCA